AUGGCCCGCUUGGGAGGCACAGCUGCUACAGCCAACAAUGGACCGACCAUCUUCAAAUCGCAGGGACGGUUGGGCUGAUCUUUUCUUUCUACGUGCACACAGCUAUACUCAAAAAUGGCUCCCACCGCUGCUGUCAGUCCUUUGGUGCAGCAGUACCACCUCGCCUACGCGCGUAUGACAAUGUUGACCCUCCUCUGACUUCCGAACCCCGCUUCGCUCUCCCCAUUCGGUUUCUCAUAUGCACCAGAACAAGAAGGCCGCCGCCACCAGCUCGCACAAGUUCAUCGUCGACUUCUCCGCCCCGGCCGACAACAAGAUCGUCAGUUCUCGUCUCAUCGGAACUCGGGGCGCUCCUCCAUCCCUUUCCCUACCCUCUCCGUUUACUCACUCUUCCACCUUUUUCUCUCAGUUCGAUGCCGAGGCGUACCAGCAAUUCCUGAUCAACUCGAUCAAGCACGAGGGCAAGACCGGCCAACUCGGCGACGUCAUCGCGGUCCAAAAUGCCGGCGCGGGCAAGAUCGCCAUCACCAGCUCGGUCCCGAUGAGCAAGAGGUACAUCAGGUACUUGACCAAGAAGUUCCUCAAGAAGAACAUGCGUACGUUGGACUUUCGGGGAAUCUCUUUUCAUUGAGGACCUCUCGUUGGAGAGGAUUUCUGGGUCUGGGAGAGACCGCGGAUCCUUUCUUCCCCUUGAGCAAUCGUGUCUCUAUAGAACUGACCACCCCUCUCUGCCAUCGCUCCACCUUUCCACGUGCGCGCAGUCCGAGAAUGGCUCCGCGUUGUCUCGACAAGCCCCGACACCUUCACCCUCAAAUUCUUCGCUUCCGAGGCUUUGAACGACGAAGAGGAGGAGGCUUAA